AUGGCUGCACAACAAACUCUCCUCGACGCAUCGUUUAAAGAACAGGUUGCACCAGUCCGUGCGCUCAUGGAGAAGCUCAAGCAGGCAUACUCCCAUGGCGCCAACCCAGUCGUGUUCGCACCGAGCCUCCUGCAUGGCAGCCAGCGUGAAGUCUUCUUGCGCAUUGUGCGGCGACUCGAAGCAUACGUCAGGGGGUCCAUUGGGUCUUUAGGAGGUCGAGGCCACGAUCCAGCUAUUCUCAUCAUCAAGAACAACAUGAAGACGACAGUGGAGGCGGCGAUCACUGAGUUGUUGGCGGGCAAGUGCGUUCGAUCACUCUCGACGCCAGGUUUUGACGCUGCGACUUCGGACGAUGAGGUUGUUAAUGGGUCGGCGCAGAAGAGGACGAUGCGAAGGACGACACGCUUUCCCUUCCACGCUCGACUUCUCAAACCUGAGUCCCACACAACGCUUCACUUUCAACUUCAAAUUUUCCUUCACAACCAGUAUCUUCCCGAGUCCCGCGCACCAAAGCGCACUCACAACGAAAUGUCCGCCUCCACCCCUCAAACCCACAACCGCGCCGACCGCCCCAUCAUCAAGCGCGGCGCAUGGACGAUCGAAGAGCGAGCCUGCCUCCACCUCGCCUGUACAGAAUACAAUCUCCGAGACGACGAGUUAGUUGCGAUCCUUCACGCUGCAAACCCUCAAUUCAAGCAACAAGGCCGCAACUAUAACUUCAUGCACUUUCGCGAUGAGUGGAAACAUCGCUUCAAGGAUGGGAGGCCAAAGAUGUGGAAGAUGAUCGACAAGAAGAGCUAUGAUCCGGAGGAGUAUACGGAGUUUGAGGUUCAGAGGGCGAAGACCGUUGCGGCUGCGAGUGUGUUGGGGGUGGUGUUGAGGGCGAGCACCGCAAAGAAUGCGCAGAAACUAUACUCGCCUGUUGAAUCUGCUCCUGGCCUUGCGUCGACAAAUCUGGCCGUUCCAGCAAUCGGGACAGCAAAUAGUUCCCCUUCACUCACAGGAGAGGAAGCUCCUGCUUCUUCAGACGGCAAGAUGCUUCGCUUUCGACCCGACACGCAGCAAUCAGCGCCAAAGAUUCCUCCGAAUGUGCUCUCGUCAAUGAACUCAUCAACACAACCGACGGGAAGAUCGUUCGCGACAACAACGCCACUAUCCCGACCUGAGCCCAUCUUCAAAACAUCUGGCGCUGCGAAGCGAAAAGCCAACACCCCAGCUACAGACCAUCCAUCGACUCUCCCGCAGGCGAUGGAUUCCAAUCCAACCCCUCAACCACCCCAUCUCCACCUCCAAACCCUCCCCCUCCGCACCCUCAACAUGCUGCACUUCAUGACCCUCGACCUCUUCCCCGAAAUGCCACCCGGCCUCCGCGUCGCCUCUCACACCUCCGACCGCUUCCGCGAUAACUCACCCAUCUACAACCACGGCGGACAAGUCUUGAGGAUCUUCUUUCCUUCCACCCAGCUUGAGGAAGACGUCAUGGUGUGCGAUACCACAGUAUGCACGCAAUGCAAUCCGGCGGCGGACGCGGAGGGUAUGGGGAGGAAUUUGCCGUUCGUGCAUUUUGAGAGGGAUUGUCGGAUGGAGGGAUGGGAGGUGGGGAUGUUUCAGCCGCGGUUGGAGCAGAGGUUUUAUGAGUUUGAGCCGUUGCACAGGGGUGGGUUGGCGGAGGUCGGGUUUGUGGGGGAGGGAAAUGUGUGGGUCAAGGUCAAUCAUGGAGGAGGUGCGGGAAGCCGGCAACGACAUGUCCCUCUCCGAGGACGACCGCUCGACCCUCCACCACGGCUGGGCUUUGGAAGCAGAAACGUUGCCACCAAGCUCACGAACACGAAGGGCGCACGCUUCGCGGACCCUUUACCCGCGCAAAUACCGCUGCAGAACAAGGACGCGGCAAAACCACUGCACCGGCUACUCUUCAACAUUACCAUGUUCCGAUCACGAUGGGAAGCCAUUGACUACAGCGGACGACAUUCUCGCAGGAACGCGGCUCCUGGGUACGAGAAGGACGACACCAUCGCAGUUGAGCAUGGCUCCUGCACCCACGCAUCAACUCACCUCCUGUCGAUUCAACAUUACUCCUCACCUACGAGUCAAGGCCUACUCUCGACCAUGUCAGGCAGAUGGUGGAGGGAAGAGCGCAUUGCUCUCCACAUCCUCUUCACCGAGUUCGACCUCACCCUGGAUCAAAUCUACGACAUUUUCGGUCGGUUCUCCGGAGAAGCUCUACGAGAGGAAGACGCCCAAAAGUUCAACGGCCGCUGGCUAGAUAGUCGCUCACAAACUUGGAACGACAUCGAGAAACCCAACGUCAAAUUCGGGAACGUCAACAACCUGACUCAGCAAGAGCAAGACGAGCGCACGCGUGUGCGGGACGACAUCAUCAUCAUCGCGGCCGAUGUGGGGGGUACGAACUGGCUUCGCGAAGAGGCCGACGGGAAUAUCGUGCCACCCAAUGCGCCAAUUGUGCUCAACCCUCGAGUAUUAGUCUUUCGCCCGACAAUGCCAACUGCGGCGGAGGUUGCGAUUGCGGCGGAGAAGUUCCCAAGGAUGCAUCGAUGA